CGGAAUUAAUAUCGAACGUCUAUUUCCAUCAUACUCGACAUGUGCCACAGCCCGCGGUCUAUUACGAUCUACGCACGCCCUGGACACAGAAGUCCUCGUAAUCCUCGACCGAAUGCGUAUUACACCGUUCAUUAGCACGGUCUCGGAGAACGCUGGGAACAUUUUCUAACGCACGUUACUUUUCGGAACUGACAUUUACUUGCAACUGCUCCGCAUUAUGUUUCGUCAAUUUUUUUUCGAAAGUGUAACCCGUCAUUUGGUCUCGUCAAGGUUUACUAAUUUUCCUUAAAGAAUACCAUUGACACUCGACUGUCCGGGCUGUGAUCAAAAUGCUGCAAAAUUUACCUGCUGAAUUGUUGCAGUACAUCUUCAUGUUACUGUCUCCUUGUACAGAUUUCCCCAACGUCCUCCAAGUUUGUAAGCGAUGGCAUGACAUUUGCCUAGAAGUAAAGAGAGUGCGCGCCGAUCUGUGUUCCACUGCAUUUACUCUGAAGUCCCCGCUUCGCUGGAGUGUACCAAGAUUAUGCUACCCGAGCAAAACUUCAAUCCAGCCGGCACCAUCAGAGAGGUUCGGUUCUCUGAUGAUGCAUUACGGUGAAUCCAUUUACGUCUUCGGUGGAGCUACUAACAAAUUUACUAUGUUCAACGAUUUAUGGGCCUACGACCUCCGUAACUGGAGCUGGCGUCGUGUAUAUGCUGAAGGUGAUCUUCCAACUCCAAGAGCUCACUCAAAGGGUGGUUUCAUCGACAACCGAAUGUAUUUGUUUGGAGGUUGUCACAGCUUACAUCAUCCCGGUUGGCAUCAUUCCGGACGGAUAGAUUGGUUGGAUGAUCUGCACUGUUUCGAUCCGUCUACCUUACAUUGGUCUCGACUGACUUUGCGGCAUGCUACUCAUGAUGUUGCACAGAACCCUCCCGUUCGCGCUGGUCAGUCGGGUUGCUUCCUCCCUUCUGGUCCGGAAGGACAAUGCUGUCUGUUAGUUCUAUUCGGUGGAUUUUCACACUCAUCGGGAACAUGUACCAAUGACGUUUGCAUCAUAGCACCAGACAAAGAACAGUGGUUUUCCCUCAGUGCACCCGCAGAUGCAGACUCGGGAUGCGGGUGGCCUGUCGGUCGCUGUGGUCAUUCGGUGUGUGCUUUGGACGCUGACCGCAUGUUGGUGAUGUAUGGCAAUCUAGAAUCUCCAGUAGCUCCAUCUUUUGAACCUCCAGUUCGAAGACAACGACUACCCCAUCUCCAGCCAAAUUUGGAGGACGACAGUCAACAAUACCGUGGACAGCCGGCUGCUGAUAUGUGGAUUCUAACACGAUCUUGCUCCUCUCCGAAUCAAGAUUGGUGCUCCACCCAUUGGUACUGGACUUCAGUUGUUUGUCCAAUCAAUGUAACCGGAUGCCCCUCAAUCGACUUCUAUCACGCCUCUGUCGUCACGUUGCCUUAUUGUGACUCGAAUAAGUCCUACGAACCGGACCCGGAAUAUUCGACUGAAUCCGCACAGUCGUGUCAGUCACUGGGGGCGACGUACACCGUUUUGUGUAUUAGCCAGCCCACACCGUCUUUGUUGGAAGAAGCAAUGAGACAGCGCCGAACUUGGCCCCGUCGGAAAACAAUGUCUAGCAUUUCAGGUAGACGAAAUUCACUAUCUCCGUCCACUUCCGUCUCGUCCGAGCACCUCACUCAACCAAACGGUGAAGCUCCUUCUGAACCUGGUUCCCCAUCCAAUGAACUCAAUGAUCUGGCUACUUUUUCUGCACCUCAGUCUCCGGCAUCGGCACCAGAAACAGAAGAUCGCUGUUCCCCGACCGGCUUGCAUCCCAUCGAGGACGACCAGCUGACUCCUGGUACUCUCAUAUCCCGGCUGCCUUCACCAAUCACUAGCUCGGCGGUGGCCACUCGUCGCUCAGAGGACAGACGUGCCAAGCAACUGAAAGCGUUGGCUGCUCAAGAGCGUCGUCUGUUCGGUCCACGUAAACAAUUGCCCAAUGCCUCCACUGACUCUGCAUCCGGAGGAACUUCCUCUUCCGCUACUGAAACAGCGACCGGCAUUCGGCACCUGGAAUGGAGCAUGCCCACUCGCCCCAUGGCCAUUUACUCGCUUCAGAUUCACAUUCCACAUUCUCCAUCUGAUGGAGGAGCUCUGAUUACCGGAACUUGGCUUGUGGCUAGGAAACCACAUUUUCUAGACCUACUUUUUGGUCCUCAGGAAUGUCUUGGAUUUUCCUGCGCUUUCGCUUACGGUGGCCUGUUCCUAUUCGGCGGACUAUGCGACCCCGACGAUCCCACAGACCACCACACGCCAUCAAACAUCCUACGGUGUCCCGAUUCUAAUGAUCGAUCGAUCGCAGAUCAUCUGUUCCACUACACUAACUCACCCACCAUUCCACGGGCGUCGCAAUUUUUUGUGCUACAACCACUGGCACUCGUUGGAACUCUUGUGUGAUCGCACGCUUGCCGUCACUCCUUUCGACGCGAAUUGGGGUCCCUUCUUCCUUCACGUGCAUCGCGCACGGUAUCAUGCGCACGAACUGAUGGUUCUUCACUCUGUCUCAUACGGUGGGGUCACCCGUGUGAAUGACACUGAUGAGGUUUCUGGUUUAGGACAAAUAUAUGGUAUUUGGCAGCCAGUAAAGCCUAUUUUAACUUUCAUAUGCAUCACAAUUCUCCUCGGUGCUCCGCCUCUUUGUUUACAGAUAUGCAGCAUCUCAUUCUUUAUCCCAUCAUUCUCUCACAUGGCUCACGCCAUUCAUUACUUGUCUGUCCACUUGUUCAGUCAAUUUGUCUUCGGGUGACCAACUACAACCACUUUUACUUCUUAAGUAACGACACGCUAAACGAUCAAGUAUAACCAUGUCCAUUGUUCGAUAGCGCUGUUGCACCUAGAUUGCCACAUAUCACCAUAAGCUUGGUUUUAAUAGGGUGUUCUAGAUGACUGAUAUCUUCAUUACUAUCGAAGUGAAUCUAUCCACCUUGAGAAGGUUGUCGUUCCGUGUUGGCCCAUUGCUCCAGACAAUGCGUGGAUAUUAUACUGUUUCGCUCGCGUGAUGUCCAUACCGCUACUAUCCGAUCCACCUUCCCACGAAGGCAUCUGAGAUGCUUGUAGUGCCCAAAUUUGGAUGACAUAUAUGCGCUUUACCGUGUUUUAGCCUUGUCAGUCACUUCCGUAUGUGAGUUGUUCAUCCGAAUACUGAAAAUAUAGAGGCAGC